UGCAUUGACAGAGCAGACCAUUUGACCGGAGCUCUCCAAAAGAACGGGGGGACGGCAGGCCACAUCCAGGAGCGACCAAGAUCACCAUGGACGGGCAGAUUUUGAAACCAAUAUAGCUGGCUGAGGUCGUUCUGGAGCACGUGGCAUUAGCUGGUUUUAUCAAACGUUCAUGGCUUGUAUUGGCAAGAACCUGGAGUUUGCUAACAAUAGUUACCAUUAGAUUAGCUUUGAAGUAGUAGCUAGCUCUGUGUACAGGAAGGAAGGGGCACGCAGACCGGAUUGCUCACUUCGCUUACUCAGUACUGCUCAGCCAUGAAGCAAACCUUAUACCAGGCUAGCUAACUUUAGAUAUAAAGGUAACGAACAAGCAAGCAGAAAUAGAUUCAAAUAUAUCUUCGUGCAUACGAAGUUUAUAUCAAACAACUGAAAAGGGACACGUUCAGCUAUAUAGUUAACUAAGUAAAUAGCAAAUACAUUGUUUCUUACUAACUAGCUGUCUGUCGUCAGAUUGGCUUGUUUGCGUGCUAACGGGAACUUAAAAAACGUCUUUUAAAUAGAGUAUCACUCCGUGUUAUGUAAGGAGGUAUUGUAAGGUAGCUUGCUAGUUUGCUAACUAGCUAGCUGGUUGCGAAAGCAGAAGGUAAUCCAUCAAAUUUGUUCAUUUCUGGUGUGGAAGCAAUACUUUGAAACUUUUUUUUCACUGGUUGGCUAGCUAGUUUGUCUGGCUCGCCAUUAUAACUAGCUACUCCAGCUAAUCGAAUUUAAAAGACGCCCUCAGCCAUGGCAACAGAAGUGAUUGAAGGCGAAGGGGAGUUGAAAAUUACGGAUGAUAUGGACUUAAACAAAAGCGAUCCCGAACCAGACACACCCAGGAUAUCUGAGAAUCUGGAAAACGGGCCCACUGCAACUUUGACUUCGGAGGAAGGGGAAUCUGACACCUUGCAAAACAGGACGGAGCCUUUGUCGGAGAGUGCCGAGGAUACAUUAACAUUACAGAGUCCAGCCAAAACAGGAGAUCCGCCUCAGGAAACCGCGACUCCAGACAAAGGAGAAAAACAAGCGCCGGCUGGGGUGCAAACCUCGAGUCCAGUCGGUCUUUCCCUGCCGUCCCCACCGCUUGAACACAAUGGGAGUUUGGAGCGACAGGAGUCUGUGGCCACUACUGAGGCACGACUGAGAAUGGAGGGGGUGGAGCUUAAGGAGGAGUGGCAAGAUGAGGACUUCCCCAGACCGCUUCCAGAGGAAGAGGAGGAGGACCUGCAGCUGGAAGAGGAGCUCUUCAGCAGUACCCCUGCUGAGGGGGAGCCAGACCCACUGGCUUAUGGAUUAAAAAGUGACAAGAAAGCUAGGAAGAAGCUGGAGGCCCCAGACAUUAGUCUGACUUUGGACCGCACUGGAAGCUCAGUUCUGUCCAACGAGCUAGAGGAGAGCACGGAACUGGACUUGGACGAUGUGGACACCCCAUCCGACAACAGCAACGAGUUUGAUUGGGAAGACGACCUCCCCAAGCCCAAAGCCACAGAGCUGCUGCAGAAGGGGGUGGAGUCCGUGCAGGAGUACUCUGCUGCGGAGGAGAGGGAGGAGGGCCGGCGCUGGAGGGUGUUCCGAAUCGGAGAUCAGGAGCACAGGGUGGACAUGAAGGCCAUCGAGCCCUACAAGAGGGUCAUCAGCCACGGAGGUUACUAUGGAGAUGGAUUGAAUGCCCUCAUUGUGUUUGCUGUCUGCUUCAUGCCUGAAAGCAAUCAACCAAACUACCGAUACAUCAUGGACAAUCUCUUCAAGUAUGUCAUUGGCACGCUGGAGCUCCUGGUUGCAGAGAACUACAUGAUUGUGUACCUGAACGGGGCGACUUCGCGUCGGAGGAUGCCCAGCGUGGGCUGGCUCAGGAAGUGCUACCAGCAGAUCGACAGGAGGUUAAGGAAAAAUCUCAAGUCCCUGAUUAUCGUCCACCCCUCCUGGUUCAUCCGCACAGUUCUUGCCAUUACAAAGCCUUUCAUAAGCUCAAAGUUUAGCCAAAAAAUCAAGUAUGUGUUCAGCCUGUCGGACUUGGCUGAGCUGAUCCCGAUGGAGUAUGUGUCCAUACCGGAGUGCAUUAAACAGUAUGACGAAGAAAAAAAUAGGAAAAAGCGUAAAAGGAUUGACCAGGACAUGCAUGGGAAAGGGGAGACGGCCUCUUCGGCCACAUCGACCUAAGAGGAAGGUCCCCGCUCCACUCCCCCCGAGAAAGAGGAAGACUGAAGAAUGUGUAGAACCACUGCAGUUUUCAUUACUGUUACAGCGUGUUUGUCUCACAGCCUGUGGCCUUUAGCUCUUAAUGCUGAAAAAAAUAAGAAAAGUGCCUUUCAUGAUAUGUUAUGGUAAUGUGUUACAUGGUGGAAACCCUUCACUGCUGUCCUAAUAUGCCAAACACUUGAUGUAUGGUCGGUAUCACAGUGCUGCGUGUCAAGCAUUUUAAGAAGUCUUUACCAAGCCAAACAUAGAUUUUUUUGUUUUUGUUUUUGUCAUAGUUACUGAUGUACUGUGCAUAUAUUUAAGGCACUCCACUCUGUUUCAAAUGGGUGAUGCAUGAUUGUUAUUGCAUUUAAAUGUAUAUUUAUAUUCAAAAAAAAGUGAUAAAGGACAGAGAUUAAUAUAUUUUUAUGUUCAACGAUUUUGAGCCUUGUUUUAGGUAUGCAGACCCACCAAACGUGUGGUAGUUGCUUAUCAGAUCACUUCGUGUGACUGUUAAUGGCUGAUGUAAACCAGUGGCCUUGCAUGAGGAACUUCACAUUGUGUAUUUUCUACUCCCUACUGUCUGUGGAAAAAGAAACGAAGCAAGGAGAUUUUAAGUCCAUAGUCUGUUACUGAAUGCUAAGAUGUUUUCAACAAAAGUCACAAAG